AUGAGUACCCGUUUCUCCACUCUCCGUCAGACAUGGAGUUCGCUUUCAAUCACCGAUAAGCUUCUACCUUUGGCCAUCAUACUUGCUAUGGUACUUGGGAUCUUACUUUCUGUGUAUGUUCCAUCAUCAAGAAAUGCCUUCAACGGCGCAGAAGUUGUAGGGGUCUCAGCUCCCUUAGCCGUAGGACUUAUCAUAAUGAUGCUUCCUCCCUUAUGUAAGGUUCGUUGGGAGUCCUUCUUUACGUUCUUCUCCAAUAAGAGAUACUUUCGGGCCAUGAUCACUUCAUUGGUGUUGAACUGGAUAGUUUGCCCCUUUCUAAUGUUUGGUUUAGCAUGGCUUACGUUGUUUGAUAAAAAGGAAUAUAGAAAUGGAAUAAUCAUGAUUGGGUUAGCCAGAUGUAUUGCCAUGGUGUUGUUAUGGAAUGAUAUUGCCGGUGGAGAUAUUGAUUUGUGUGCUAUGAUUGUUAUUGUUAAUAGUGUUCUUCAAAUCAUAUUGUAUGCUCCUUACCAGUUAUUCUUCUGUUAUGUUAUCACUGGAGAUUACCAUUCCAACGGAACAAACAGCAUUAGUUAUGGACUUGUUGCAAAGAGUGUUUUGUUUUUCCUAGGGGUGCCCUUAGGAUUUGGAUUGGUGGUAAGAUUCCUCGCACUUUUCACUGUUGGUUUAAAGACAUAUGAAAAGAAAAUCUUGCCCUUUAUUUCUCCCUGGGGAUUCAUUGGAUUAAUGUAUACGAUUAUUGUUAUCUUUAUUGAAAGAGGUAAUGAUUUCAUCAAAGAUAUAGGAUCUGGUCUUAGAUGUUUUGUACCCUUAACCCUUUAUUUUGCCAUCACUUGGUUUGGAACAUUCUUUGGAAUGCGUUGGUUAUUGGGUAAGAGUUUGUCAGUUUCCCCAACCAACACCAACCCCACAUCCACUGAACCUCAAAGUCCAGAAACUGAAAAAUUACUUUGUGGUUGUGAAGAUCAAGUUGAUGAGGAUAAUGAGAAAUGGACUUGGAAAUGUGGUGCAAGUUAUUCCGAAACUGUGACUCAAACAUUUACUGCAGCAUCUAAUAAUUUCGAGUUAAGUUUAGCUAUUGCUAUUUCGUUAUAUGGAUCUGGAAGUCGAGAAUCAAUCGCUGCAACUUUUGGACCAUUAUUGGAAGUUCCAAUCUUGAUAUCCCUUUGCUUUGUUGCUCAAUACUUUAAGAAUAAGUUCUUAUGGAGUGAUAUCGAUAGACAAGGUAACUCAACAGAUAUGCUCUCCAAAAUGACGGACUUUGAACGGGAAACAGAAAACGGUCAAAUCAACUUGGGUCAAUUGAUCGACCAUUUCCGGUUCUUACUUCAUUAUUGGAUCUGUUUCGCCAGUAUCACCUAUUUCGAAUCGGUGUUGGCCAUACAAUUGAUCCUAAACCUCGGAGGUCUAUUGGGUACAACUAUGACCAUCAUGAGUACCAUGUUUAAGUUAUGGCUCUUCUAUGGCCACGGAUGUUUAAUCAUCAACAAGUGUUACAUUGCUAGAAUUGGUGCAAGUCUCAUUGGGUCGCCCACGUUCUCUUUUACUAAACUAGAACAAAUCUGGAUAGACCCUGUUUCGAUGAUCAUCUUGUCGAGGAAGAACAUCUUGUUGAGAGCAUUGCUCGGUAUAUGUUCUGCUGUGUUUCCCAUCUACAUCAUCAACUCCAUCCACAGUUUUGUCUCUCGAAUGCCAUAUAACACGUCGUUCCUCGACUAUUCGUUAAGGGAGAUUUGUUAUAUGGACACCACUCAAGAUCUACACACUCAGUACAACGAGACUAUAGCCUUUAUUGGAGGCUUGGUUUCUUCAAUGGCCACAACCCCAAAGGUCAAAGAAAAAAGUUACCAGCAGUGUCAGCAGAAUCAUCAACUCCAGCAGCAACAGUACGGCCGUAAUCGUCCCAAAACGAGAUCGUUUUCAGACCCAGAAUGUGAGCCGGUGGUAUGGAAAACAAGGGGUAGAUCUAUUUCUUGUAAUGACCCAAAGAACAUUCCAUUCGCUCCUCCUCAGGGCUUUAGAGUGAAACAAAUAUACCCAGGCUCAAGGAUAUCAUCACCUGUUUCCUCUUUGGGAGAUUCACAGCGGUCAAUUCCGUCGAAUAAUGAAUUAUUGCACCCAAUGCCAGAACUGGGUGGUGUAAUGAAUCCUGAAACAAAUUCUAGACCUUCAAAAUUGUUUACCAUAAAUCGAGACUUCUUCCAACGGAAUAAACACAAGUUCUCCCUGCCUCCUACUAUCCUUAAUCCUACUGCUGUCAGAUUUGUUCGAGCUAAUACCGCUCCAUAUCCAGCAUAUGAUGUUUAA